AUGACAAAUGCGUAAAUGAAGCGCGACAAACACCAACAGACUUGUGUAAGUGUCCGAGCACAGCAGGAAGAGAGUCGUCGUGUUGCUCCAGACAUGGCUGUCGUGCGGUUAUGUGCUUCAGGCAGCAGACAUGUAACGCUGCUUUCUCAGAGUCUAGCGGCGGAAUGUGUCUUUAACGCCACAGGGAGUCCACGGGCAGCCAGCGGAGCGGUGAAGGACGCGGAGCCGCUGAAGAAAGCUAAAACCCCGCAGGGGCGGUUUGACAGCCCCGAGGAGAAGCGCAAAGAUGUUCUGGAAAAGUUCCCUGAUGACGUGAACCCUGCAACCCAAGAGAAGGGAGGUCCUCGGGGGCCAGAGCCCACCCGCUAUGGAGACUGGGAGAGAAAGGGCCGCUGUGUCGACUUCUAGUUCAUUACCCAGAAAUCUGACAUAUCACACCUGUAUUAUGGAGAUGUAUAGUCAGCAUCGCUUUUUAAAACCAUUGAUUGUUUUUGCUGUACACUCAGAAGUCUGAGCUUCUGAUCAGAAGGUGAGAAUAAGGCAAAGAUACAAACUGUUUCUGACUGAUUGUAUUAAUACUUACAGUGUGGACAGAUUAACUCAGUAAAAGACUAGUUUUACUUAUGUGUACCUGAAGUGUAUCAUGGCUGUUCAUGUUGUGCAUUUUGUUCAAGGGGUCAUGCUCAAAAAACAAAAUGUCAUCAGAAAUCAGUGGAAUACGUGAAGCUCCAAGACACGCUGCUGGUGUUUUGUUGCAGGUGAGAGGGAGCCGUGGGUCGGAGUGCUGCUCCUGUAAGCUCACUGUGUCCGCAGGUAUCAAUGUUAAGAUCAAUAAAAGGAAAGAUGAUUCUCUGUA